CAGUGCCACGCAGGUGUGAGCUGUACAGUAUGUUAUCUCAGUAAACAACAAGGAAACGAAACCCUUAUAAUUCGCGAGUAACGCAAACAGACAUGGCUCACACUCGCAUGUUGUUCGUCUCUUGUAUUUUGAUCUACUGUUUUGAUGAAUCCUGGAGUUGGCAUGCAGUAGUGGUGAAGAGCUCAGUGUUCGCUCACUCCGGAUCAUCAGCUGAGCUCUCCUGCAGCUACAGCACACAAGCGUCUCAAGGCUUCACGCUGGAGUGGCGUCAUGCCGCUCCCGGGACUCCUGCUGUUCAAGCAAAGAGAGUGUUGUAUUUCAAUGGGAAAUUAUACUGGGUGGACUCUUGGGAGGACAGAAUGUCUUUAGUGCAGAAUCCUCCAGUGUCUGGCAUCGCCUCUGUGACGAUCCACCAUGUCCAACCCAGUGACAGUGGACUGUACAUAUGUGAUGUUACCAAUCCAAACGACUGGUCCGGAAGCGGACAGGGUCUCAUCAAUCUGACGGUGCUGGUGGCUCCGUCGGCGCCUGUAUGUGAGCUGAAUGGCCACACCUACGUUGGGGAUGACGUAACUCUUACCUGCCACAGCUCUCAGGGGGUUCCUACACCUAUCUAUUCAUGGAGCAGAGAGCAAGACACAGCGCCUCUGCUUCCCAACAACGUUGUAGCAGAUCAGCGCACUGGUUCUCUUCUCUUGUCCAACCUUUCUUCUGCCUUUACUGGAACUUAUACAUGCAGAGCUUCAAAUAAUCUGGGUGAGGCUGCGUGCAGCAUUGCAGUGAAAGUGGCACACAGCAGCAGUGCAGCAGUGGUUGGUGGUGUGCUGAUGGGACUUUUUCUCCUAGUCAUACUUGUUGCAGCGGCGGCUGUUUAUUUCUUCUGCUACCAGAAAAGAGCUCACAGCUGCACAGAGAACAAAAUGCGUAGGAAGAACGUUGAUUCUUCAGCGAAGCGCCAGUCAGCUGGCCCUCUGCUGUCAGCUCAUUUUGAUGAGGAUCAGCCUCCACAUCUCAGAGUCUCUCACCUCAGCCCACUGGUGUAAAUGUGGACAUUUUAUUCAUGUACAUGAUUGUACAUAGAAAAAUUGAUUCUAUCUAGGUGAUCUCUAAAUUCAUGACCCUUAUUGUCACUGGGUGCAUAUCUGGGGGGAAAAAACAACAAAACAACAACAAAAUACCCACAACAGCAGAUUAUUUUCUUUGCCCUGCUUGGCUUAGGGGCUUGUUUGUCAUUUGCGAUGUUGGCAUCUUUGAGCAUACUUUAGGUACAAAAAGUAAAAAUAUCAGCCGUGUUAUCAUUAGAUAAUGAGUUACUGUGUGAAUUAUAAACUUUUUUUUCCAGGAAAUUUUGCACAAAUACUUUUUUAUACACUAUAUGAGGCAUAGUGUGUGACACUAUUCAGUAAAAAUCCAUUUAAAUCCACAAGUUUUAUAUCUACACACAAUAAACUCUUGCCAAGUAACAAAACAUUCAUUAUAAUGUAAUCUUAAUGUUUUUUGUCAUUUAUAGAGAAAUAAAAUGAACUCAGAAUUA